AAAAUUAUGAAUAAUAUACUAGGCAGAGCUCUUAAAUUUUACUCAAGAAAUAAACGAAGAAUAGAUCCUCAUUUAGCAAUAUUGGGAUUAUAUCUAACAACCAAAUUUCUCGUUAGAAGAGCUAAAGCUAUUAUUUCAACUUUAAGUUUAUAAUAAGUUGAUAUUGCGAAUAGGUAUGGGAAGGGGUCAUAUGCACUAAUAACAGGAGGAGCUGGAGGAAUUGGAAGAGAAUUUGCUCUAGAUUUAGCGAGAAAGGGAUUUAAUUUAAUAAUUGUGGAUUUCAAUUAGGCUGGUUUGGAUUCAAUAUAAUAGGAAAUCAAAUAAAUAAAGAAUGACUUGAUGGUGAAAACUUUAUUGCUUGAUUUCAGCAAAGGAGACAAUGCAGAAUUCUUUAAGAAAUUCUAAUAAGAAAUCUCUAAGUUAGAUAUUUCAAUAUUAAUUAACAAUGUUGGAACAAAUAGAGGUUGUUUUGGAAUUUUCGAUAGGCUGCCCAUGAAAAAUAUAAUAGAAGGGUUUAAUAUUAAUUUUGUUGCACCCAUUAUGGUAACAUAGGCUGUGAUCAAUCAAAUGUUAUUGAGGAAUAAAUACUAAUCUUUAAUUUUAAAUUUGAGUUCUGCAUCAUCUUAUUAUCCAUUUCCAUAUUUUUUUGGUUAUGGAUCUUCUAAAGUAUUAGAAUAAAAAGUAUAUAGGUUGGAAUGGCUAGCUUUUUUGAUGCUUUGGCAUUAGAACUAAGGAACAAUAAGAAUAUUGAUAUUUUAACUUUAAAACCCUACUAUGUAAGCACAGCUAUGAUAGGACAUUAAAAAGGAUUAUUUAUUAUAUCACCUUAAAAACUAGUUCAAUCCACAUGGAAGUAUGUUGGUAGGACUAAUGAAAUUACUCCAAAUUGCGUUCACUAAUUCAAAAUAUAUCUAGAAAGUUCUUUGCCAAUAUUUUUGAGAAAUUUUAAGACUAUGAUGUCUCAUAAGAAAGGAGCCGAAGCAGUGACUUAGAGUUAAGAAUGAUAUAUUAAUAAUUAUUAAAUAAAAAUUGCAAAAG